CUCGAGAAAUUUUCCAUUCCAUUUCCACUUUGAAUGCAAAAGGCUGGUGGUGAAGACGAGAUUGCGACUGCUGCGGGGUGUCCUUCCGAUUCGGGCAUGGCGGGCCGUGCUUCGGCGUGCGAGGGCUGUCCCGGUCGCGAGCUCUGCAGCCAGCAAGGCGGCGUCGAUCCAGACCAAGCGGGCAUCAACGUCCGCAUGAAUGCGAUUCGGCACAAGGUCAUCGUGCUCUCUGGCAAAGGCGGUGUCGGAAAGUCAAGCGUGGCUGCAACACUGGCAAUGGCUCUGGCGGCAGCUGGACACAAGGUUGGUAUUGUGGAUCUCGAUAUCUGUGGUCCGUCCGUGCCCAAAUUGCUCGGCGUGGAAGGCAUGCCAGUGGUCAACUCGGAAUAUGGAUGGCUGCCACUCAAAUCGCCUCAUUACGACAUUAAGGUCAUGUCGGUGGGAUCGUUGCUGACAGACGCCGACUCUGCAAUUGUAUGGCGAGGGCCACGCAAGACGGGCAUCAUCAAGCGGUUUCUCAAAGAUACGCUCUGGGGUCGAUUGGACUUUUUGAUAUUCGACACCCCGCCUGGAACGUCCGAUGAGCACUUGACCGUGUUGUCCGCAUUGAAACAGGCCAAGCCCGACGGCGCAGUGCUCGUAUCGACGCCUCAGGACAGCGCUCUUGUCACAGUUCGGAAGGAAAUCACGUUUUGCAACAAAAUGGGCUUGCGGAUUUUGGGAGUCGUGGAGAACAUGGCUGGCUAUGUUUGCCCAUGCUGUGGGGAGCACACUGACAUUUUCUCCUCCAAGGGCGCUCAAAAGCUGGCCACCGAGUUUAACUUGCCAUACCUUGGACAGGUCCCACUGGAUCCGACCUUGACACAGCAGUGUGAAACAGGUUCUGACAUUUUCAAAGCCGCUCCGAACAGCGUUUCGGCAAAGGCCAUGUCUACCAUUGCCAAUACCGUGUUGGAGAUGGUCAAGCAGUCGCGAUAGGUGUGCGCCGACAAAGACCACACGUUUUCAUCCCAACGCGCAAGAUUGCACGUUCAGCUCAGCCAGCGUUGUAUCUUUCGCACAAUACAUUAUUACUUGUACCA